GAGAGCGAGGGUCGCCUGGCGUGCUGCCACACAGGGACGCUGUGAGGGCAACAGCUGUCUUUUGAUCAACUAAGGAGUAUGAGCGUCCUGGAGGACAGCAUGAGCUCUAGACACUUCAGGAGUCCUCAGCUAGUGACAUGGGUGGUCACUGGCCCUGUUCUCACCAGAGAUCCCAGUGAGACACACAGAAAUAAUAUGACAUCUCCACCACUCUUGGAUGCCAACCCCAUGGCAAACCAAACACUUCUUAAUGACGUCAAGGUUGAGCCCCCAGAAGAACUUCUGGAUAAUGAUAUUACCCUGCCCCAGGUGGAACCAGUUGAUCUCUCCCUUCACAAACCCAAGGCUCCUCUGCAACCUGCUAGCAUGCUACAAGCUCCAGUACAUCCUCCCAAGCCACAGUCUGAUCCCCAGACUCUUGUGGUAUCCACUUCAAUAUCUGACACGAGCACUUCAGCAAACAUUCCUACCAUUCUAACUCCAGGCUCUAUCCUGACCUCCUCUCAGGGCACUGGCAGCCAGCAGAUCUUACAUGUGAUUCACACCAUUCCCUCAGUUAGUCUGUCAAAUAAGAUGGGUGGCCUGAAUACCAUUCCUGUGAUGGUACAGUCUCUGCCUAUGGUGUAUACUGCAUUGCCUGUAGCUGGUAGUCCUGCAGCCAUUACAGUUCCACUCAUUGGAGGAGAUGGCAAAAAUGCUGGAUCAGUGAAAGUUGACCCUACCUCCAUGUCUCCACUUGAGAUUCAAAGUGACAGUGAAGAAAGUGCAAGUGAGAGUGGAUUCUCAGCCUUACAGAGUCUGCAGAGACUACAGCAAGAGUGA